AUGCUUCAAAAGCGAGCUUCCCGGAGACCUGGCACCAAUCGCAAUCCAAAUACAGAAGACUUGCUGCAGCACGCCCUCGAGCAGGAGGAAAAGUUGAAGGAUAUCGUGGGCCGGCUCUUCCACCGCCUGGAAGUGGCAGGCGUGCAUGUGGACAUUGACACCGCUGACGCCGACGCAGAGGUGCCGAUCCUUGGCUCGCGGAAGAUUCGCAAUAAGGAGGACUUGUUCGAGACGUGCCGGGCGCCACAAGCUUUGACGCAGACGGCACAUGUUGUUCCAUCGCAGAGGCGAGAUUCCCAAAGCAAACUGUCCUGCUCCUCCGGCUUCCCCAUCUUCGACCUGAGCCAGGGAGACUAUGUCUGUUGUCCAACGGCAGCCCUCUACUGCGCAGGAUGCUUCCAGCUCGAUGGCAGCAGCUGUGCUCAGUGUUCUCCUGGCUUUGUGGAAGUUGCCGGCGAAGGGCGUUGCCAGGCCUGUGUGGACACUCCAGGCUGGACGAAUUUGGACGGCGAGAACUGCAUCCAAGCAGUCUGUAGUGACACCGCGUACUAUGGUCUCUCUUCCAAACAAGCUUGCUGCGGGUGCGGUGGUGGACAGCGGGCCGCCACGCCCUUCACCUACUAUGUUGCGCCGACGGUACUCUUUGCAACCUCGAUCACUGGUUUCCCAGUUCCGCGGACCGCCAGAAACUACACCAUCAAUGAGGACUGUAAGCUCCUGGAGCACGGGCUGGCUAUCAAUGGUGCGACAGGCAGUUUGCAGAUCGCUCCGGGGGCUGACAAGGUGGGCCGCAAUCUCUUGGAGGCUUUCAGCAUUUCUUGCACCAUCGUUGCCCAUCAGACCAGCAGCCUGUCGGCCUCUGCGACUCUCACGGUCGUGGCCCAGAAGAGCAUCUCUUAUGGACAGUAUCCGUUGCUGUUCCGCGCAGAUGUGACGAAUCGGUACGAUCCUGUCGUGAUGGGGGACUGGUCUUUUGACCAGUUGAACUGUGAUCCAUCGGACAUUACCGCGGAGUUGAGACUCGGUCAGAGGGGGCGGGUCCGAUGGCCCAAUCCUGACAAAGCUGCGUCGGCUGGAGGCGUCCUUGCGGAUGGCUUCGACAUGAGAGGGGCCAUCUGUCGCGUCCGGGGCACGUCCACCCCGGUAGGAUUUGCACAGAUGGAUGAAGGCACAGGUCAAUUCCCACCGCCAGUGGAGACUGUGAUUUCUUACUUCGUUACGAUCCUGCCAAGUGUUUGGGAGAAUCUUCGCUACGAAAGAGCGAGGACCAUUGUGGGCAGACUCCAGGUGACUGUCGGGCAGGUUGCCGCCACGGUCAACGUUGAGGUGCCGGACCAGGCCAUCCGGCUGGUGCCCCCAACAGCCUUCACUGGCAAGUGCUCCAGUGAAAAUGGAGGCAUCGUCACCUUGGACACAGUUACUGGCCAGGGAACCUACCAGGGCUUCCCGUUCUUCGACAUGGACCUGACCACUGGGUCUGUGCGGCUUGCCCCAUCGCAAGAGCUCGCUAGCUUGAUGCCCACAGAUGCAGGAGCUCGGGCGGCACUGACCGUUUCUUGCACGAUCUACGGUCUCUACCAGUUCCCACCCUUCGGGGAUGGGCCCGUGCUGCAGGAAGUAAUCUACUUGGGAGCAACGGACGACACAUGCUUCGUUCCCAAGACGGGAAACUAUUACUUUCUUGAGCAGCGCUCGCUGACAGUUUCUGGCCCGACUCAAUGUCGUACUGAAUGUCGAAAGGACUCUACCUGCACUUACUAUUCUUUGCUCAGCUCUACAAGUUGCUACUUGUACAAGGGGCUCUGCCCAGAUGCUGGAACGCCUGGCUGUUCACAAGCGAGUGGGAGCGUCUUCGCUCGAGUUCUGGGCUGCGCGGAGCGGACUACAUGCAUCCAGCUGAGCCUGUCCAAACACUUCUUGUCCGGGCGCUACUGCUACUACGGCGAGAACAACUACCGGGGUGGUCUAGUCUUCCUGAAGGAGGGCAUCACCAGCUUUGAGAGUUUUUGGUUACACCGCAAGAGUCGUGACUUCGAUGUGUGGGUUCUGCAGAAGCCUGCCCAAGGCGACUUCUACAAUGCCUCUGCUGCGUACAUGACCUUCUCUGGCGAGGAGAUGGCUACGAUCAACUCAGGCAUAGACCUGAUCGCAGAUGUUUUCAACCAGGGGACCGCUACCUUUCCGAUAACGUACAGUGCAGGCGAGCUGGUUCUGGGCGAUUUCUACGUGAAGCAAAAGCCAACGGGUGCGCCACAGGAGCGCCAGUUCGUGUCGGCGACAGACGAGAGCCAGUGCCUGAGCACUGCAAGCCACUGGGCCCAAGCUUCUGCGGUGUUUGCCUAA